CCACCAAAAAUUGUUAAAGCGUGUUUCAGCUCUUCCACUAUUGAUUCUACAUUUUUAUUUACACUUGUUACAUUUUUCUACCCAAACCAACUAUAAUGAGUACAUCAAUAGACGACAAUGAGUUGCCAAAGGCCAAUGUCACCAGAAUCUUAAAACAUGCUUUGCCUGCAAGUACGGCUUUACAAAAGGACGCUAAGCUAGCCAUCAGCAAAGCGUCUACUGUAUUUAUAAAUUAUCUUAGCGCUACCGCAAACGAUAUUGCAAAAAGCGCCAACCACAAGACCAUCACAGCACCCGACGUUUUCAAAGCUCUGGAAGUUCUGGAGCUUGAAGAUUUUGUGCCGAAAUUGCAGGAAGCAUUUACAGGUACAAAGAUGAAUGCGAACUAUCAUAUAUCCUAUAAGGCAGCUUUGUAUUGACAAGUUCCUCUGCAGCUUAUCAGCAACUACAGCAAGAAAAG